CUUCUGACUGCAGUUGGUUAACACAGAAUCAAACGGAACAGUAACCACGACAGAAACGUGAUGAAGGAGAGGAUUCGGCAGCUGAAAUACCAGUAAGACAGGGUUCUGAUCGAGCAGUGUUUCAGGCGGACGGGAGGCUGUGACAUGUCAGGGCUGGAUUUUUAUCUCCUGAAGCCGAGAGCGUUUAUUCCUCUCCUCUGAUGCUGAUGAUGGUAGCGCAACCUGCGUGAUUUCCUGCUGGUAUUUCUUCAAUUCGCCUCCCUUUAGCUGAGUGAGUUUCAGCCCAACCGACAGAAUGAUUGAGGAGGCCAGCAAAAGCAGCAAGACCACAGUGGAGAAGAGACAGCUCUUCAUGGAAAUGAGAGCACAAAACUUCGAUGUCAUUCGUCUGUCAACAUACAGAACAGCGUGCAAGCUAAGAUUUGUUCAGAAAAGAUGCAAUCUUCACCUGGUGGACGUGUGGAACAUGAUCGAAGCGUUUCGUGACAAUGGGCUCAGUACACUGGACCACAAUGCUGAGAUUAAUGUGUCACGGCUGGAGACCAUCCUUUCCUCGAUCUUCUACCAGCUGAACAAGCGCCUGCCUACCACCCACCAGAUUAAUGUAGAGCAGUCGAUUGGCCUGCUGCUUAACUUCAUGGUGGCAACCUACGACAGUGAAGGACAUGGUAAACUUACUGUUUUUGCGAUGAAGUCAAUGCUAGCAACUAUGUGUGGCGGGAAAAUAGUCGACAAAUUACGCUAUAUUUUCUCUCAGAUAUCAGACUCCAGUGGCACAAUGGUGUUUGCGAAGUUUGACCAGUUUCUGAGAGAGGUUCUGAAGCUGCCUACGGCCGUCUUUGAGGGGCCUUCAUUCGGCUACACAGACCACUCAGUGAGAACAUGCUUCCCUCAACAGAAGAAGAUAUUGCUGAACACCUUUCUGGACAUUAUGAUGGCUGAUCCUCCUCCGCAGUGCCUCGUUUGGCUACCUCUCAUGCACCGACUGGCCAAUGUAGAGAAUGUCUUCCAUCCUGUUGAAUGCUCAUACUGCCGGAGUGAGAGCAUGAUGGGCUUUCGCUAUCGAUGCCAGCAGUGCCACGGCUAUCAGCUUUGCCAGAAUUGCUUCUGGCGCGGACAUGCCAACGGUCCCCAUAGCAACCAGCACCAGAUGAAGGAGCACUCCUCGUGGAAGUCGCCAGCAAAGAAGCUGAGCCAUGCUAUCAGUAAGUCUCUGGGCUGUGUGCCCAUAGGAGAGCCCCCUCACCCUGUGUUUCCUGAGGCAUCUGAUAGACCACAGGACCUGGCACACCCUACCGCAACACUGGAGAGUCCCAGCAGGCUGGAUGAGGAGCACCGUCUUAUUGCUCGCUACGCUGCCCGUCUAGCAGCCGAAGCCAGCAAUUCCACACAAUGCCCUCCGACUGACCUAGGCUUUAACUUUGAUGCCAACAAGCAGCAGAGGCAGCUCAUCGCCGAGCUAGAGAACAAAAACAGGGAGAUCCUUCAGGAGAUUCAGCGGCUGCGUCUGGAACAUGAGCAGGCGUCUCAGCCCACACCGGAGAAAGCUCAGCAGAACCCCACACUCCUUGCAGAACUACGCCUACUCCGGCAUAGAAAGGAUGAGCUUGAAAAGCGUAUGUCAGCUCUUCAGGAAAGCAGGCGUGAGCUGAUGGUCCAACUGGAAGGUCUCAUGAGGCUAUUAAAGGAUGAAGAGCAGAAGGCCGUUGGGGGCUCGCCCCACUCCUCACCUAGCCACAGCGCCAGCUGCACCAUGCCGAUGCCUAUACGAUCCACAUCUGCCGGCUCCACACCCACUCACACACCGCAGGACUGCCUGGCCGGGGUCAGCGACGACGUACUAGAUGCCUUUUCUCAGGGUGUACCUAGAAAUCUCCGUAAUGAUCUUUUGGUGGCAGCAGACUCAAUAACGAACACAAUGUCAUCACUGGUUAAAGAGCUUCACUCAGUUGAUGAUGGUCUGGAUGAUGAGGAGGUGAACAUGCGUAACGGAAGGGAUAAAGCUGAGUCUGAAUAAAAGAGUAUGGAAUAUUACAUUGUCAGCACAGAGGCAUUAUGGGAACAGGCACUCCACCCCCUCAUUCUAGAUGUCCGGACGGCGAGAAGCAACAACAGCGAAGCCCUUCCUGGUAUUAGAACAUAGAGUAAUGCAUGCUCUUCCCAGCCAGGUUUCACUAUGUGAAACGAACACUUCAUCACAUUUUACUGAGAGCAAGCUGUAUCUACCUACUAAGGAGAAUAUAAAUAUAUAAAUAUAUAGCGCUAAAUGUCAAUCUGUACAAAGCUGUUGUAAUUAUGUAACAAUCUCAUUAUGCCUGCAAAGGAAUGGCUUACUUGUGCUUCGUCACAUCAAACUUUAUGGAUUACCAGUCUCAGAAACGGUCACACUGUGUAGUCGGUGUUAACACUGAAAACCUAGCUGCAGCUUUCUCCUUAUGUGUCCUCCUCAGAUUAAAAUGUUGUAGUAUUAGUGCUCAUUUUGUGUUGAUUAAGUUUUGCAUGAAGUUUAAAUUUGGACCAGUCGAAUUUGGAGGAGUCUUUGGUUUGCAUGUGGAAUUUAUUUUGGGUUGAAGGACUGCUUCUCAAAGCCACUCCAGUCAUGUUCUUUAAAACUGCUGCUAGUCCAGUCAAACCAUGAUAAAGCACCAGGUCUAAGCUGUCCUACAGAGCCAGGUGUUUGUCAGAGAUCAUUAUCAAAAUUCUACGUUUAACCAGUUUUUCUAUGUUGGUUUUAGUUGAAUUGAUUAUUUUACACCAAAUAAAAUG